GCUCUUAAGUAUCCGUCUGUGCUGAAUAGAGUUUUGAUAACACAAGAUAUUAUGCGAUAAUUCACCAUCGCGAGAGGGGAUUGCAAGUUUAAAUAAAAAGAAAACACCGCGCUGUGGCCAGUGAGAGUGAGACGUCUAAGCGAACGCGCGCGAAAGUUGCAUUCGAAUUUCGAAUUCGCGCCAACAUAAACGUCAUCCCGGCAGCCAUACUUCUUUUUGGAACAGGAUAAAUAAUUAGGGAGACGAUUUUUUUAAAUCCUUUUUUUUAUUAUUGUAGAAGUGAUUUUUUGGUGCUUGUGGGGUGACAGUGCAUGUGCUAAGUGACUUUCGCCGUCUAUUUGUGCAGGAUGAUGUAUACACGUAAUAUUAAGCUAUGGAUCUGCGUGGCGUGUCUGGCGUCUUCGCUGGCAGCACCAGCCCCUAGUCAAGGUCCCCAACUGUAUCUGGACAUCGUAGACAUGGCUGCUAUCAGUAGGAUGACGCCGCAGCAACUCGAAGCCUUAGCCGAAGGGUUGGCGGCUGAGGAAAUCAUGAGGACGAAACGGUCGUCAGCCCAGGCGCUGACGUCAGUGGUGUCCAAAGCGUCAUCAGGUAUACAAAGUAAGGUCGGGCUACUCGGCCAAGCUUCUGCGUUCAUCUCGUCGGCUUCCAGCAAGUCCGGUGGUCAUGGGGACGAACAUGGAUACAAUUAUGAACCGCAUCACGACGAAAAAUACGACUACUGGGGCCUAAAGAAGUCCAUCCUUUACACGCUUUUCCAAGCUGUGAAGGCGAUCACUGGUGGAGUGACAAUCCUUAAGGGUCAGCUGAUCAAGGGAGGUGGUGCCUUAGCUGCGACAUUAGGAAAGGUGAUCUCAGUGAAGGGUGAUGCUGUCAGCAACCUCGGAAAGAAGAUUGUCAGCUCCGCAGCCCUUAGUCACAAGAAACCUCAUUCUACGGCAGUAUACGGCCCCCCACCCACCGCGCACCUGGAGUACGGCCCCCCUACCGCGUACGGAGCGCCCACUGCUCCCGCGCACUUCACCGCGCCGUCCGUGCCCACUGGAUACGCCGCACACAAGUACCCCGCUCAGUUAGACGGCCGAGGUAAACUGAAUGGCGUACACGCUGGGCUCGUAUUUUUGACUCCGCUGGGCGAGGAAGCGCCGAGCGAGACUCUGGACACUGCGCACUCUGGUCACACACCCCUAGAACCUCCACAAUCCAUUAUUCAGACUGUAUACAGCGCCUUCAAAAACGCAUUUUCCUCUACCGCAGCCACUUUUACUGAUCCUUCUUAUGCCGCACCACCUUCUUAUGCUGCACCUCCGUCUUAUGCGGAAGAGCCGACUGCUCCCGCUUCCUACCAGCCACCGCCACCACCACAGCCAAUCCCAUCUUUUAAGCCCAUGUCAUGGGGAGCUGUUAAUUCUUACGGCCAACCAGCUGCCGCAGACUCUUACACCGACUAUGACCCAAGAACUCCUGGUCAGGGUUACGAUUACGCAUCCCCUAAACGUUCAGUGAUCCCAAAAAUUCAAAAGACUGGCUUAACUGCUGAUAAGAUUCAGAAAAUUACUAAUAAUUUACAAAAAGUCACUGCCUACCUAAAUAAUAACCAGAAAAGAUCUUCCGAAGAUUUUAAAUUCACUGAUUUAGACACUUAUCGCAACUUGCUUAAGAAAGGCGAGCUGCCAUUCUACCCUACUCCUGUUGUAACCGACAAUGAAAUUGGUGUCCUUCCUGCUGAACUCCUUCCCGAACCCUUGACUACUAGUACAACCACCACAACCACAACAACCACAACAACGACUACAGAACAACCAAAGAACACUACAGAAAAUGAACAGAACAGAAGACAAGACAUCAAAUACUUUCUCCGCGGCAACAGGAUUGUUCAAGGCUGACAUACUUGACUCUUGACUGACUGAAGAGUUUCCUGUUCAGCAGACAUUGCUCAAUGCCGAAGAUUUGCAACACUAUUACCACCAUUAAUUUAUUUUGAACUUCGAU